CCUCGUCCGGACUUGGCGAGGACUUGGGAGGGACAGCGGCGCUGGGAGGUGGCUUAGCAGAGACUUUCCAGCAACUGCUGCCCAGGACUCUUUUUUUUUUUUUUUCUUUUUCCCAGGAGGCGGCGACGGCGGCGGCGGGGGGAGAGGAAGAGAAGGAAGCGUCUCCAGUUUGAGUCUAUGCAGCCCUUCGGCUCUCCGGGAGGAGCGUCCCUGCCCCGAUGAGCCCCCGCCGUGCGUCCCCGACUGUCCCCCGGCGGGAUUGGGCCACGGAGCACAGCGCCGACGAUCGCUGCUGCUUUGCCCGUGGGGGUAGGAUGUGGUGAAAGGAUGGGGCUUCUCCCUCCCGGGGCUCACAAUGGCCAGAGAAGACUCUGUGAAGUGCCUGCGCUGCCUGCUCUACGCGCUCAAUCUGCUCUUUUGGUUAAUGUCCAUCAGUGUGUUGGCAGUUUCUGCUUGGAUGAGGGACUACCUAAAUAAUGUUCUGACUUUAACUGCAGAAACAAGGGUAGAGGAGGCUGUCAUCUUGACUUACUUUCCUGUGGUUCAUCCGGUCAUGAUCGCUGUUUGCUGUUUCCUUAUCAUUGUGGGGAUGUUAGGAUACUGCGGAACAGUGAAAAGAAAUCUCUUGCUUCUUGCAUGGUACUUUGGAAGUUUACUUGUCAUUUUCUGUGUAGAGCUGGCUUGUGGUGUUUGGACAUAUGAGCAGGAAAUUAUGGUUCCAGUACAGUGGUCAGACAUGGUCACGUUGAAAGCCAGAAUGACAAAUUAUGGCUUACCUAGAUACCGGUGGCUUACUCAUGCUUGGAAUUUUUUUCAGAGAGAGUUUAAGUGCUGUGGAGUGGUGUAUUUCACCGACUGGUUGGAAAUGACAGAGAUGGACUGGCCCCCAGAUUCCUGUUGUGUUAGGGAAUUCCCAGGAUGUUCCAAACAGGCCCACCAGGAAGAUCUCAGUGACCUUUAUCAAGAGGGUUGCGGGAAGAAAAUGUAUUCCUUUUUGAGAGGAACCAAACAACUGCAAGUGCUAAGGUUUCUGGGAAUCUCCAUUGGAGUGACACAAAUCCUGGCCAUGAUUCUCACCAUUACUCUGCUCUGGGCUCUCUAUUAUGAUCGAAGGGAGCCUGGGACAGACCAAAUGAUGGCCUUGAAGAAUGAUACCACUCAACACCUGUCAUGUCGCUCAGUAGAACUGCUGAAACCAAGCCUGUCAAGGAUCUUUGAACACACCUCCAUGGCAAACAGCUUUAAUACACACUUUGAGAUGGAGGAAUUAUAGAGAAUGUCAAAGAGGGAAGCCACAAAUUUAUUUUAUUGGACUUGUGAAUUUUUGAGCACAUAGUUAUCUGUUUCAGAAAUGUGUGGAAAUAAAAAUGUUGCCAUAGAAGGAUAGCUAAACAUAUAAUUUUCUAUCCUUUAAAAUGAAGAGGGAAAAGAUCCAUAUUAUAAGACACCACCUAGACGAUAGUUGAUGCCCUUUGUAAUGCUGGGGAAAGAUCUAAUACUCACUUUAUAGCCUAUGUAAGAU